AUGGCGCCUUCGCUGAGCCUGCGUCCUCGCACGCGGGAUGCCGACCGUCCCUCGACCGCCCAGGGUGAGAACAGCCUGUUCAUCCCGAGCCGGACCUCGUCGCUGCAUUCCAGGAUCACCCAGCCGCUCCCAUCGCAGCUCAACGUCAAGCCCGGCCAGCGCACUCCCAAGACCCUCACCCAUGCGUACAUGGUGUGCGGCGUUGGCCGCGAGCCCUCGCAAUGGGUCAAGGCGCCGCAGCCGCCCCAGGGGAAAAUCCAGCACAUGAAGGGUGCCGUCAGCCAGUUCUGGCUUCCCGAGAUCCUUGGAAGCAGCCCCAGGCUUGAACAGGAUAACGAGAUCGCUAGGUCGCUGCACGCAGCUAUGCGCGCUUGCUUCCCCCACGAUGUCGAAAUCUGCACCGGCAAGCAGCAGCCACACUGCGUUCACCACUCCUUCGUUCUCCAGCAGGACUCGUCCCACACUCUCUACGGUAUUGCUCUUCGCGUCUGGUCCCGCGCCGACGAGAAGAGGGCCGAGACGAUCCGCGAGCUGCGCAAGAGGACUGAGAAUGACUUCUACGACUCUCCCGAUGAGACUUACUGGAUUCCCUACUGCCUGAGCUUCCUUUCGAGAUAUCCGCUUUACAACCUUCUCGGCGACUACCUCCGCGGCAUGUGGAUCCACUGGAACAAGGCCACCAACCUCUUCCACGCCGAGGAGGUUUCGCGCAUUCUGAGCUUCCCCGCGCCCAGGCUUAACGAUCUCGUCCGUAUUGACAUGAAGGAUUACGCCCUUUGCUACCAAUUCCCUUCUUCCCCGACUGGCUUCCAGAACUUCGCCAUGUGGCCCCUCUUCACGUGUCUGUCCAUCCCGAACAUCGUUGGCGUGGUUGAAGCCGCUGUUUCGCCGACCAGGCGCAUUAUCUUUGUCAGCCACUAUCCCGCCAUGCUCACUGUCGCUGCCGAGACGAUUCGCUACAUGGUCCGUGUUUACGAGUGGAGCGGCUUGUACGUCCCCGUUGUCCACGCCCGUCACGCGAGGAGCUUGGUCGAGGAGCCUGGUCCGUACAUUCUGGGUGUCACUGCCGAGUGCCGCACUCUCUUUACCGCUCCGAAUGACGCCCUGGUCAUCGAUCUGGACCGCAACUUUGUCCUUACCUCGAACCCUCCCAGCACUCUGACCCAGGGUCAGAGGACUAAGAUGAUCAAUCGCCUGACCCAGGCUCUGAGUGGUGAGGUGGCGCCAUCUGGCGUUCCGCAGCACCUGCGCUCCGCCUACGGAGGCGGUAAGCUCGUGCCUGCCGGUCAGAUCAUUGUCAUGCGCGGUGAGGUCGAGAGCAUCCAGGACCCCGAGUGGUGGAACCAGGACGCCGUCAUGGGCGUCCUGGACCACAUGUGCGAGAAAUUAGGACGCAACACCGGCGUCAAGGCCAUCUUCGGCGGUUCGCAGAAGAAGCCCUUGAUGACCAAGGUGUCGAUGAGACAUCUCAAUGAGAUCGUCCGCGAGCGCAACCAGUACUCGCGUGAUGCCAUGGAAGCAUGGCAGGAUUUCAUCAACCUCAAGGGCAGAAUGGACACGGAGCUGUCCAAGGUGUCCAAGAGGAACAACUUCCUUGUCGAAGAGCUUGAGAGCUGGAAGCAACAGUUCCUCAAGUUCCAGACUUUCGCUGAGCAGCUCACCAAGGAGACGUCGGAGCUCAAGGUCAAGAUCGAGAACCACAAGCGCGAGAACCGCCGCCUUACGAAUCUCAUCGACCAGCAGAAGGACGAUGCCGCCAGGCUCACCGUCCGCCUUUCUGGUACCGAGAAGCAACGUGACGAUGCGCUUGAGGCUCUUGUUCUGCAGCAGGAGAUUGCCGAGGAGCUCGAGCGCGAGAGAAAGCGCAACCGAAAGGAGCUCCAGGCGCUCGAGGCGGACAACUCCAAGCUCAUGCGCCAGAGAGACGAGGCUCAGCGCGUUGUGUUGCACCUGCGCGCGCUCAUCGACGGCCAAUCUCACCACAUGCAGCACAUUGUCAAGUCGCUCACGUCGGACCCUGAAAUCAGCGAUUACAUUGAGGCGGGGUUUGAGGACGCGCGCGAGGAGCUGGAUGAGAACGACAAGUCCGAGAAGGAUGGUUCCGAUACCGGCACCAUCCGGGCCGUCGACUCGCGGGCUUCUUCGCGCGCGUCCCGCCGCAUCAGCCGCUACGGCCAAGCCGAAAUGGACAGGAGCACUCCGACCGCUAACAAGCGUCUCUCGACCCUCAGCAUGGCAGAUGUUGCCGACAGGCACUUGCGCGACAAGACUGACGCCAUUGCGUACAUCAUCAAGAACAUCUCGGAGCAGUGCGAGGCUGCGGUCCAGGGCCUGCACAUGGCACAGGCUGCCGACAGUGAGGAGCUCAGCGGCCACAGCCGCCAGAAGUCUCUUACUGGUUCUGAGGAUGGCACUGUCGACGGCCAUGGCGAUACCACGACCAACGGCAGCGAGAUGGGGGACGAGGAGUCCAGCUACCUGCGCCCCAGCAACAGGCACUCGAGCAUCCCGCCUACGCCGGAUCUCGUGCACAACAGGUCAAGCACGUCGAUGUCGAUGGCGUCGGCGGCGACGACCCCGGACAGGCGCAGCCUGCAACAAUACAGAAACGAGGACGUCCCUGACGUUCCUACCAAAAUAGUGGAGGCGGACGAUGAAUCUUUUGAAAACCGGGAGUCCUUUCGGGACUCCCGGGAUUCAUUUCGUGACUUUCGUGACAACAACACCGGAAAAGAGGAGAUCCAUCAUCACAUCGCGCCGGUCUCUAAGUAUGCGCACAAUAUUCGACGGACGUCGUCCGGCCGGCCUGUCAUUGGUUGA